GCGGGUUAUAAGGAGCUGCCGCCCCAGCCCACACAGCGCCGAGGACCCUGGUCCGGACGCCCCACCAUGCAGCGCCGUCGUGAGCCCACCGUGCUGCUCUUGCUGCUGCUGGGGGCGGCCACCGCGGCUCCCCUGGCACCGAGACCCUCCAAGGAGGAGGUGACCCGCUGUCUGGCAGAGGUGGUCACAGAAGUGCUGAUGCUGGGCCAGGCCAAGCGAGGCCCCUGCAUGGCUCUCCUCCACAAAGAAAUGUGUGAAACAGAACCCUAUGGCUGUGGGGCCACGGAAGAGAAAGGCCUACUUGCUGGGGAUUUUAAAAAGCCAGAAGCUGGGAAGACGAGGUCCAGCCAGGAGGUGAGGGACGAGGAAGAGGAGGAGGCGGAGGCAGCAGAAAGGACCCACAAGUCCGAGGUGCAGGAACAGGCCAUUCGCAAGCAGCUCCAGAGCUGGCUUCACCAGGAGGACCACGAAGAGGAGGAGGAGGAGGAAAAGAAGAAGAGGGGGCCCGUGGAGACGUUUGAGGGCCUGUGGAAGCGGCGUCUAGAGGGUGGCAGGGGCCCCCAGAAGCGGGUGGCAGAGCAGGCCAGCGACGAGGAGACAGCCCAGUUCGAGGCAGAGGAGAAGGGAGUGCAGGUGCUGGGCGGGGGCCGCAGCCGGUGGCAGGGGGCCGAAGCGGGUGGAGAGAGGCACGAGGACCGCCACCACCUCCGCCAGCCAGAAGCCAAGCCCACGCAGGAGGAGAAGGAAGAGGCUUCGGACAGGGAGGAGCAUGAUGCGGAGCGGCUGGAGCACAUGAGACAGGAGCUGAAGAAAGUGACGGAGAUGCUGGGAGAGGAGCUCAGGAGGGAGGGCUGACCCCUGACCUCGCGUCCUCCUCCUUCUCCACAUGCCCUACGGCUUAGGACUGUUGACCUCCAAACCCCCCCCCCCAACCUGUCACCCCACUCCACUCCCCAACCUGCAGGCGUGGGGAGAAGGGUGUGCCUUGAAAGCAGGCCUGAGGGCUCAAGUCUGAGCUGGGUAGAGGGGCUGGGCUCAGACUGACUCAGGAAACAGCCCUGACACCCAUCUAACCCACUCCAACCCUCCUGAGUGAAUAAAGCACCAAAAAAACCCA